AUUGUGAUUUUUUUUUUAAUAUAUGAACAUUUUUGUACACAAAAUUAUUUAUUGAUUUUUCACUGUAACACUGAACGCAUGCAGGGGCCUUCAGUGCCAUAUGAUACAGACAUCAGUACAAUGCUACAACCUCUCAUUUGAUCUCCCAUGCCCUUAAAGUACAUUUGCACUGCACCCUCAAGACCGUGCAAGCUUCAAGGCUGUGAGUACAGCCUCAGCAUCCAGGCAGUCACGACACAUAUAGCGCAGAAGAGGGUCCCAGCACAAGUUUCUGGGUGCUUGCAACUCUCCAUAAACUGCUAUAUGGCUAUAAGGGCUUUCAGAGCAGGACUCCUGGGCUGCCGGUGGCAGAAACGGGCCCUCUGCUGUAUUCAGAGUCAAAUCGGAGCCUCAGAAAGCCCAUGCUGCCUAAUGACACUAGGCCGGGAGGGUGCGUGCCAAAAUGGCACAACUCGCCUUCGUCUGUACCCCGAGACAUCAAUGGUUAUUGUUCAAAUAAAGAACACUGCAGAUGUGUCAAAAAUCAACAAGCCUUUUUGCAUGGACGUGUGUGUAUCUGCCUAAGAAAAGAAUAAACGGAAAUCACAAUACUUGCAAUUGAGUGAGAUGAUUUUUCUUUCAAGAGCCCAGAUUAUACACACUGCGCUUGGUCUGCCAACCCAGGCUCACACAUUUCAAACCACUUUCCCCUUCAAACCUAGCGCUCUAAUCCAGAAAGGAAUGGUAUCUCUGGCUUGUGUGACACCAGCCUGACAACUUCACCCGUUACACCUGCCUGCCUGCAGCCUUUCUCUGAGGCUGGUAGAUGGGGCACACCCUGGUUUCCCCUGCUCCUGGGCAAGGCACUGAUCCAGCACCUCUGAGGUGGUCAGUCCUUCCCUUUGCGAGCCUGGGAACAGCCAGGCAGCCUCUCCCAGCCUCAUCAACCUGCCAAAGGCCUGCCUCUUUUUUUUUUUUUUUAAUGCAUUAAUCUAAUAGAGAUACAAUCUUUCUCUAGGAACUUCACCUUUCAGAAAACAAAAGUGUUAUUAUUUUAACUGCAGGAACCACAGGUUAUGUCAGAGAAGAGACGUAAAUGGUGCACAGACGUCAGUCUUGCGUACAUCCCUACAUUCUUUUACUCCAAGCCAUUGAGCUCUGAGGGGGGAGCAGAAAAUAUUUCAUCACCUGCUUUAUUCCAGGGGGGCACACUGGGUUUCCCCCUUUACACCCUUUCCAGUGCCUGGACCUAGGUUCCCAGGCCUGGACACACCAAGCUAGCCGGGGCUGAGUUGGAACUGCUCUCAUGUUCUACCCCAGAGACCAGGAAGGGUAGGGGCGUUUCUGGGGUUAAAUGCACUCAGGACAGAUGUGAGGACAACCCCAAGCUGCUCCGAUGCCAAUCAUAAUCCCAAAACAACCACUCCAGGCUGCUCAUUCAGCAGGUUGGAACUCAAACAUCCCACCAUGAGUCAUCAUUUUUGGUAUAAAACAAGACUGUCUAGGGUCACCGUGAUCUCUGCAAUCGCCCCUUGCUGACCUGAGAUGUCUCCCAGCUGCAACCGCAGGGAGCGCAGGGGUUUACAAGCGAGGCCCUGUCUCAUUCUGCCUCCCAGCCAUCUACUAGUGUCUUGGGAGAGGCGGCAAAUAAGGAGAUGGCCAAUGAACCCUAUUUAUAUACCCAAGAAGGCAGAUAGAGGGAAAGUCAGUCCAUGCAAGUCCAAUCAGCAAAAAAACAAACCCUAAGAAAACCCCCCUGGAAGCAUGGGCCCUGCUGUGUGCUUGAGGAUUGUCUUCCCAGAAUGUAUUAGCUCACGGUCAGCUAGCACGUGAAGGGAUUAUCUCUGAGGCUGAUGGAGAUCAGCCAGACCUCCCUGCGCAACUCCUCGGGCCCAGCCAACUUCCCAGGCUUGUUACUCAAAGCCACAUGCACCCCAGAAGCAGGUGCUGCCACGUCUCCGUUGCACCAAGGCGGGCCCUUCCCUGGGAGCCAGCAGUGCAAGGUGACGCAGCCAACCUGCUGCUGGCUCCUCUAUCGUUACCUCCUCAACUACUGACUUGCAGUACACCUCCUUGCAGCGCAAUUAAAGAGGUGAUGUCUUUCUCUGAUGGAGGGUUUUAUAGGAGGAGAAAAUACAGCCCAAAUGCAGAGUACCUGAGUAAAAUGAAGGGGUCCUGUUACCCCUAAGGGCCGCUCUGCUCUUCGUACACAGGUCUUUGUAGCAGAUGUCUGCGGAAUAGUACUGCUGUUAUCGCCAUCUUCCACAUUUGGAAGCAGGGAAACUGAGGCACAGGAGUCAGGAGAACAGAAAGCCUAUGUCAGAGCAGAGAACAAGGUGAGCCCCAAGGCCUUAGACAGCAUCUGACUGACUGGUCCUGCUGCGACUACAUCAGUUCUAGAGCCGAGCUCAGACCUGCAUUAGGGGACGGGGGCACGAAUGUGUCUUGCAGCGACUGAGCGGCAGCAGCUGCUGCAAACGAAGAGCUAUGAGAAACCACAGGACCACUGGGGCUCCAGUGUCUUCUGAGGGACUCCCAGACUUGCUCACUUUGGUGUAAAAGCCACCUUGGCCUUCCGAGCUGAGCACCUGCUGCGUGGCAGGGGUUUGCUGGGAGUGCUAAACCCAUGAGGGAGCCUGGAGUUAGGGAUCCAGCUCUGGCCAAGCCCCCAGGUGCCACAGUCACCAUAGGAGCAUGGAAAAGGUCCCAGUCCAGGCCUCGACCCAAGCCACGUGGUGCCGGCGCCAAGGCCUUCGCAGAGAGAGCAGCGAGGAGGGCGUGAGUCAAAGAGUAGAUCAGAAAUCACCGCUCAGAAAAGAAGCGGGGAAGACCAUAUCCAAGGCCAGAACUGAGUCACCAUCCCAUCCCUGCCAGGGUUUUGCAUCCCUUCCUCUGCUUCUUAAUCAUGUUAUUUGAGGGUGAGUUUUGUUUUAUUAAAGAAAAAAGUAAUAAUAAUAAGCCUUUUAUCUGAGUGAUUUGCUCUGAGGUGUGUCAGAGACAGGGGAGGGAUCGGAGUUAAUUAUUACCUGUCAAUGCAGCAGCUGGAAAGUGGAUGUGUCGAGAAGGUCAUGGGGCUGGGGAGAGGGCAGGCUUCACCGCACGAGGCAAAGGGCAGUCCAUGAAGCUCUUCAGUUUGCUGGGAGCCUGGGCAGAAGUUGAUGGAGGGGCACUUCCCAGGGAACAAUGGCAGGCCCAGAUGGUGAGGAGCAACUCAACGCCACCAAGAGGUCGAAGCGACCUCCACAGAGGGCCAACGGGGAGAAUGCAGAGCCGUGCUUCGCACGGGGAGCUACCACACGCUGGCUGCCUGCGCUCGGCCCCACUGAGCCCAUCCGCUCCCCUCCGUGUGUGGACGGAGACAGGGCGGUAGGAACAGCUCACAUCGGAUGAGGCUGCCCUUCACCAUCACCGUGCAGCCCCCACAGGGCGCCCGCUCCCUGGCCCCGCGGGAGACGUCAUCAGCUGGUUAUCGGCAGCAGGGAAGGAAGGGCGUGGGCUGGCCGGGGAGCCUCGUGGCAGACAGCAUUCCUCAGAAGGCCUUUGGGCAAACACGGCAGCUGGGCACAAACCACCUUCCGCCUCAGCUCCUGUUUACAGAUCCGCUUAGCCCAGCCUGGGUGUUAUUACUGCUAAGUGCACAGAUAAUGCCAUUAAUGAGCACACUGCCGAUAGCGGAGGGGCAAACAGCCUUCCUGCCAUGGAGCAGCUUUCCAUCAGCCUCAGAGCAAAGGCAGCUUCUCCAGACCAGAACAGGGCAGUGAUUUGCACUACCUGGAUUGACGUAGUUGAUCUAGUUAGUUCAACCCAUCCUCUCCUUUUCUGCCCCUCUCCUGGGGCUUGCUGUGUGUCUUUUGCUUAACGAUUACUUCUCUUGGAUAAACUUAUGUCAAUAUGUUCCAAGUUAAGCAGCGCACUUCUCCAACGUGAAGGCCACGCGGGAGCCUUCACGUGCGGGAGUAGCUAGCGUCCUGGGGCUUUACAGCUCCUCUGGGUUAAUCUCAGCUUCAAAAUCAGAAGACAGCAAGUCAGGCUAAGAAGGAUGCCUAGACUUUGCAGCCAAUAUGCACAGGGCCACUGGCAAAACCACUGAGGCACACAGUUUUAUUUCAGGCCCGUCUUUAAAGGAAGGACCUCAGAUUUCACCCAAACUUCUUUCCCCCAGGAUAUAUUCAGACUCCUGGCCUCCCUUUCCCAGCUUUACACAGUCAUCUCAAUUUUGGGCCAAGUACCCUGAAAACAGCCAGUUUUGUUAACAUCUCACAUGUAAAUCGUUGGUUUUGUUCAACAAAGAGGCCACUAAAUAGCACCUGAGGAUCCCAGUUCCCUGCUAAGCUCUAAAACUGGGUCAUGAGAAGAGCCAGGCACCCAAAGAAGAGCCCAACUGCACACAGAAGAUCCCAGAGCGGUAAAGCAAGGCACAAGGACACGAGUCUCCGAGCAGGCUACUGGGCAGCUGCUGAUGCUUUAGGGAAGGCAGAACAAAUCUAACUGUGGGUAGUCAUGAAACAACCUGCCCAGACCAAAAUAGCUUGGCUUCACCAUGUCGGUGCAAGGCCUCAGUCAGACAUUAAGUGUGACGGGUUUGCUGAUUAGACAUUAAACGUGACAGCUGCACCAGCACGCACCGGGAGCUCGCACCCCAGGAGCAAAGGGCUUCCUGCUCUUUGUUGUCCGUCCCUUUCGUCACAUCCCGCCGCAUGAUAACCUCUGACCCCCGCCUUCGCACUCCUCCAGUCCUUCCUCUCCCUAUCAGUUUCUUGUGAAGUGUUUCGUGGCUCUGAACUCCUAACUCACAUCUUUGCCAGCUACAAGAAGCCCAGAGCCCAGGGCUUCAUCCCAGGGAACGCAAACAGCUUCUCCCCAGCACCUUCUGGGCUUACCAGCUCAGCUAAAACUGUCAAACUCUUGAUUCCCAGCCACAAAACGAGAGAUCAGCUCACCACACUGUCCCAGGCAGAAGUCAGCUCACCCUGCAGCAGGAACAGGGACAGCACAGCUCAGCCCCAGAGCGCCCCAGACCCCAUGCAGCCACAAGGUUUGCACAUCAGCAUCUGGCUCCAAAAAGUCAUCAUUAACAGGUCAUAGCUCCCAACCUCAAGAGGAGCAGCCUCUCUCCAAGACGACUGAUGUGGUCCCUGUGCCCAAGGCUGGACUGGGAGUCUGGGCUUUCACAUCAGUUUGGGCAUCUCUCACUAGCGCCUGCGGGGAUCCACGUUUCCACCUUCUCCUUCACUCAGUGCCGGGCACUUUGGGGACCCGAUUUCUGGCUGUCUCAUUGCCCAGAAACCUUCAGCACGGGAGCUCCCACCACACUGCCCUGUCCCCAAGACCAAACACAAAUGGGACUGCUCUUCCCCGUUUCCAGGUCACAAUCCCACUGCCAACAGCUAGCAGCCCCCCUGGCCUUAACGUGGGGACAAAGGGUGAUCACAAUCAUCCUGCAACCCAUCCCAUUUCACUGGCACAGAAAAACUGGCUCUGAAUGCAGACGCUCAUUUCAGGCUCCAGAUAAGACGUCUCCUCCAGGCCAGGCCAGGCCAGGCAAAAGAAAAUCAAAAACGCACGAUGUAGGGGCUCAUAUUGAGAAAAACAUCGUAGGGAACUACCUAAAAUCAGGGCAGUGGCAAACUCAAGUGGAUUGUAGCCAAAGUAGCUGGGCUGAGCACCCCCAGCUCUGCUCCCCAGAACAAGCCCACACCAGAUUAGUCUUCAACUUGCUCGAGCCACGGCACAAAUUAGUCACCAAGGCUUGUGGUUUUACCAGUUGGCACAUCCUGUGCCAAGGCCAUUGACAUGGGGCAACCCAGCAGGUGUAUAAAGGAGUCAUUUCCCAUUGGCUGUCCUUAGUGGAGCUAAGAGCGUCUCACUGACUAAUUAAUAUAAUGACAAUAAUAGACCCAAAGUAAACAGGGUGGGAAAAAAAAAAAUCAAUGGACUCAGAGCAGAGGCCACAUUCAGGAGGGAGCAGUCCUUCUGCCAGCGCCCCGGUCCCGCAGAGAGACUCGCACACAUCCCAGUGGCCUCUGAGCAGGUAAUUUUAGCCCUGGCUGCAAACGAGGCUGCACCGGCAGCUGCUCCCACUUGGCAGGCAGCGGCACAGAGGUAAGGGCUGGGACUUGGCUGCUCUCAGCAGCUCCCGACUCCGGGGUCGAGGGGUUGGGUCCAAAGCAGGUGGCUGCUGCACGCGACUUUGUCUGGGCAUUUGGGGGACCUCCUGCUGCAGCUCGGACGCGAUUCAGUCUGGUCCUUCUGAUUUCAUGGCCUCUCUCUUCCCAGGGCAGGGUGGUUACAGCCCUAAGAGAGGGGUGGGCAUUUGCUCCUGUCCUGCCACAGCAGGAGAGUUUUGGAGCUGAAAGAGGAAGAGUUUAGGAUCACCUCUACUGAUAAAAGCGCAGUUUGAAUCUCCACAGAUCAAAGGGAAGAGGAAAGCGCUGAGAUUUGACCCCUCUCAGAUAGUCUGUUUCACCCCCAAAUCCUUAAGACAACUACAUACCAUUCCCCCCCCACCAACGCAUCUCUCCUGCAAAGGGGUCUGCUUUCACUCCAGCUACUCCCCGCCACAGCCAGACUCACGUUGCUCCCUGGAGAGAAACAGCCUUUACCAUAUACUGAACCUGUAGCAAAGCCAGUCUUGCCUAAUCACUAUAUGCAAGCAAGGAGAUGUCCCUGUCCUGGGGAACAUGGUCCUACCAUGAUUUUUCAAAAAGUUGGAAUAGAAAAGUUCCCAGGAUCUGUAUGUUUUAUCCGCGCCAAACUCUAAACUUCUGUGCCAGGACACUCAUGGCUCUGUGCUUUUCUGAACACCGUACUACAAGUAGAAAAAGAAAGCAAGCCAGGCAUACACUCUGCCCCGUUCUCAGCCCUCAUGGGUGGGAAGCUGGGCCUUUUCCUAUAAUCUUGGAUCAACAUUUACAGACCUUUUUUUUCCUCUCCCCAGCUCUGUCACAAUCUGUGUGACCGUACCCAGGAGAGCAGCAUAAAAUCACACAGCCUAGAAACACAAGGAAGAAGUCAGAUCCAUCUCCCAAAACCAAACAGCUCUGAGUUUUAGUGCAGGUCUGAGCUUGUUCUGCUUUUCCAGCUAAUCCUUACAGCAACAAAAGAAAAGGGCAAAAUCUGAAUCUAGGGCUGUAAGCAGAGGAGGCACGAAAGGUUCAAAUGGGAACAGUUUGGGUACCUCUGCUGCCAACAGCUCCGAGUACUGACAGGGCAAGGCAGAGAGAUCAAAUAUCCAUUUUCAUGUAGGCUUCUCAGGACAGAUUUAGGCAAAAGGGUUUUUCCUCAGCGCCCUGCAGUGACCCUGUCCAGAGGGACAUUUUUAAUACCUAACCUGGGCCCAACACCAACCUCUUUUCCCCCUCAUCCAGCUUCUGGAGAGGGAAGAAGCUGCACAGCAGCCAAGAGAGGCUCUAAACAAGCAAAGCCUUCAAAGGACCAUUUUUGUCUUGUGCUCAAGGCAAGCCCUGAAAAAGUCCAAGAUGCAGGAGGCCAAGGCCUCCAAACUCACCACACAAGUGGCUUUUAUAACAGAGCACAAAACUUCCCAGCAUGUUCCCCACCAUCCUCAUACAUAUUAACCCCCUCUUUGUUCAAUGUGGCAGGUGAGCCCCAGGCAGACGAGCCAUGUUGGCCAACAAAGUCUCAAGGCAAAAGCCCUGCCAUCACUGCAACCACAGGCCAGCCUCAGCUGCACCAGACAACUCCACAAUCCACUAUGAAAAGUCCUGGCUGUACCGUCACUGCUCUUCACUGGUGCAGAGGGACAGGCAGGCUCAGAAAGCUGGGCAGCUCUUCUCGGGGUUGCUGGCCAUGAACGUGGUGUUUCUGGGCAGCGCCUUCCUCAGCAGCAUGAUUUUCAACCACGUGGCCAUCACGCUGGCAGAUGUCUGGAUCCUACUCUCCAUCCUCAAGGUCUUGUGCCUGUGCUGGAUUAUCUACUACUUGCUGGGCACCAGCCGGCAACCACAUGCAGUGCUGCAACGGGACUCCCACGCCGGGUCGAUCUGGCUUAGGGGAUCACUACUGCUGUUCGGUGCUUUCAGCGUCCUCCUGAACGUCUUUGAGAUUGGCUACAGCGUAGUUCACAUCCAGUGCAAAUCCCAGGUGCAGCUUGUGUUUCCCUGCAUCGAAAUCAUUUUUGUUAGCACCCAGGCUCUUUUCCUGUGGUAUCACUCUAAGGACUGCAUUCAAGUCCAGCACAACCUCACCAGAUGCGGGCUGAUGCUGACUAUAGCCACUAACCUCCUUCUCUGGCUCUUGGCGGUGACCAAUGACUCCAUUCACGAGGAGAUUGAGUCUCAGCUGCGUGAUGUGGAGCAGCGAUUUGCAGGCAACAAGACCAUCUCAUGCACGUGCCCAAACACAACUGCCUGCGAGGUCUUCCAGAAGGGCUACAUCCUGCUCUACCCCUUCAACACCGAGUUCUGCCUCGUCUGCUGCUCCAUGCUGUAUGUCAUGUGGAAGAACGUGGGGAGACGCAUCAGCCACCACCACGCCUCCCACAUUAAGCCCAAAUUCAAGCUCCAGGGUGUGGUCUUUGGACCACUGCUGGGUGCUGCUGCUGUGAUCAUUGGGAUCUGUGUCUUCAUGAUGUACCAGAUCCAGGCCACUGGCUCAGCACCCAACCGCCAGAUCUUUGUGAUGUAUUACUCCUACUACAUUGUGCUCCUGCCGCUGAUGAGUGUUGCCGCAGUAAUUGGGACACUCAUCCAUGCCAUGGAAAAAAGGGACUUGGACACGCUGAAGAACCCAACCCGUAGCCUGGACGUGAUCUUGCUGAUGGGGGCAGCCCUUGGCCAAAUUGGCAUGUCCUACUUCUCCAUUGUCGCCAUUGUGGCCACCGACCCCAGGGACCUGUUGAACAGCUUCAUCCUGUCCUAUUCGGUCCUCCUCAUCUUUCAGCACAUCACCCAAAACGUCUUCAUUAUUGACGGGCUCCACAGGCAACCCUUCAUAGAGGCAAUUGAGGCCAGACACGCUGGACAGCAUGUAGUGAGUUCACAGCCCCCCUGUGAAGAGACAGCCAUGUCAAACAGCAAACAGGAGCUCACACACCCCCCUCUCAGCAAAGAGGAAGAGUUGAAAGAAGAACAGAAUCAUGAAGCCCACGACCAGAGACGAGUGAGCGUGCUGGAGCUGGGACAGGAGAUCCGGAGAGUUUCUCUGUCCUACAUCCAUACCUACUCUCACCUGAGCUGGAAGAGGAAAGCAUUAAGGGAGAUCUCAUUCUUCUUGGUUUUGUGCAACAUCAUACUGUGGAUCAUGCCCACGUUUGGGGCCCACCCAGCGUUCGAGAAUGGACUGGAGAAGUCAUUUUACGGCUAUUCCACCUGGUUUGCCAUCGUGAACUUCGGCCUCCCACUGGGCGUGUUCUACCGGAUGCACUCCAUUGGGGGACUCCUGGAGGUCUACAUCUCAGCCUGAAAUGGGUUGACGGCUCACUCCGGAUACUGGGGUGCAAGGACGAGGCUGAACAAAGAUGUGGCAAGCAACAGACACGCACACAGAAGUUUUUCAGCUUUUUCCCUCCGGCUUCUGCUUUGACUUCUUCUUACACAACAUCACAGUGAGUUUCAGAAGAAAAGGAGGUUGUUUUAUAGUAUUAUUUUUCUCCACAGACAACAGAAUCGAAACCUAUACACAAACUGUCUUACUGAGCUACAGAACCACACUAGUAUUUUGUGGUGGUCCGCCAGUGCAUGCUGUAUGGUAGCAAGUAAGACUUUACCAGCUCCUAUUGACAAAAGGAUGCAAGAGCAGCCUUCAGCAAGAGCAGGAGAGACUGACCUACACUCCACUGAACCUCCAGAUCCACAGUCACAGACAUCUGCCCCUCCACCGCUCACCAACUCGCCAUCCUGCAGCACAGGAGAGACUUAUCAGUACCAGGCACACUAGAAUCACAUACACCCACAGUCAUUCAGAAAUGAACCAAACAUACACCUUUUUACAUGCAAUUUCCAAAAAGAUCAGUAUAUUGGGUAGCGUGCAGCGAUGGUCAGAACAAGGUUUAUUUCUGCUUGUUCCUGGGGCUAACACUUGGGGUACCAACUUGGAUGAGUCUCAGGACCCAAGACCACUGAAGUGUCAAAAGCUUGCAGCUCUCAAUGUCAAGAAGCAGAACAGGCCUUCAGACUUUCACUAGUUCAGUGCACCUUUUCCUGUUCUCUAAAAUGGAAGCAAUACCUUUACUUCACCUUAAGGGGACUAAACAGUAUUUCUCCUUACAGGCACUCAGAAAGCCUCAAGCAAGAAGCCCUAGAGAAGUAUUGUGGCUGAUCUUCACUUCAUGCUACUCGUGCAUGAUGUUAUCACCAGCGUGUAUCAGCAAAGGUCCUACCAUCACACAUAGCAAGCUAGCUCAAGAAGGAGCUACUGCCAAAUCUACUGUGAAUCCCUCCCACACCGACACGUCUCCCCACCGCUGCUUUGCACACAAUGUAGCACAUCCACAAACACUUCCCAAGGCACGCUGCACAUAAAGAAAUAAAAAUGCACAGCAUAGUGCCUGAUCAAAGAUCCAUUACUACUUGUUCCAUUGGAGAUGCUCGCUUUGGAAACACAGGGGAGAGCAAGGGGGCUUGUGACUAUGGGUCUCAAAUACAGAGCAUGAUGAACGGAAAUAAAGACAGAUUGAACGCUCACAUGUAUCUGGUGAAAUCUCUGGGUCUGGUCUGCACUCAAAGACCAGACUCAAUGUCUGCUGACUUUGACUCGCACCACUCACACUUUAUGAGAGAUCUAAGGGCAGGCCUUGUUUUACAAUCAAUCCAUUUCUUGCUAUCAAAACCCUUCACGACUCUUAACCAAGGCCAGAGGAGUAAGGUACAAAGAGCAUCUAUGUUACUGCUUCUGUUCCUCCAUAAAUCAAUCCCAGGAGGGGUGUGGAUCAGAGCCUACCAGUGGCUUCUCCCCGCUCUAAUCUUAUAUAGAGAAGCAAACUCCCC